UUGAUGCGUUGUCUACGAGAAAUCAGGCGACGUUUUAUCUCGUAAAUAUGUGUUGCGUGCUUCUCGGUAUUAUUCGGCCAAGAUACAUGUUGUGCGCACGUAGAAUGAAGCUUCGAACUUGUACGAAUGAGGGAGCGCGAGAGGAAACGAAAGAAAGCAUAAGUGAGUGAGCGAGUGAGCUAAUAGAAAGAUAGAAAGAGAGAGUGAGAAAGGGAGGAAUGAUGUGCGUGCGUGCGUGCGUGCGUGCUUGUGUGUGCGUUCGCGAGCGUGCGUGAGUUAGAGCAGGAAUAUUAAAAGACGACGCUGGCUGUAGGUGAUUUCUCGAUCGAUGUGCGACGAUUCGUGUGAUUGGUGAACAGGAAUGAAAAAGAACGGUGCUGCUGCCGUUUAUAAUCUAUCGAAGGGACACGUAUUUUGAACGGCAUUCGUAAAAAAACACGUGCAUGUCCUACUCGUGGUUCGUCGUUUCGAUCGUCUAUCUAGUGUGUUAUUGAUAAAAAGGAACAACAAGGUGAUCGAAGAGUAUAUGUAUACGUACGGUGAUACGAAACGGAGAAACAGUGGAGUAAAUGAGCGAAAGCUCGUGGUGAAAACAAAUCGAAAAGACAGGAUACGAACACGACUAGCAAGAAGAACAAACACGGUAAAAACAGUGUCAAACGGUUCCCGCGACCAGAGUUCCUUCGCUUCGUCGUGUCGAUAUUAUCGGUGAUCGUGGAUGAACGUUCGUUUUUAGCGUCCCCGAGGUCGACGUAACGGCGACCGAUCGAAGAAAAAUUUGGAAUGUAACGCCGGCAAGACAGAACGGCAACGGUAGUGGCAGUAGUGGAUCCGCGGCUACGACAACGGCAACGACGGCGACAGGGCGACCGGACGGGUGGAGUGUGCAGCAAGAGGGAGAGAGCACGGAGGAUCACUCUCGCUUUCGUUCGGCUCUCCCUCUCUAUCCUUUCUUCUCUCCUCUGUCCCUCUCUCCCUCCCUCUCUUUCUGCUUCUCUCCUUUCUCCCUUGCUCGCGUGGCGGCUGCUGCUGCUACUCGUCGACUAGUAGGAGAACGGAGAGAGAGAGAGAAUACAAGAAAGAGAGCGAGAGAGCGCCGGAGGAAGAGAAGCGUCGCGCGGAAGACAGAGCUAGACGUGUGCUGGCCGAAAGACAAAGAGAGAAACAGCUCGUCCAACCGAAGAAACCGAAGAGAAGGAGAAGGAGAAGGAUCGUACAAAUCAACCGCCUUCUAACAAGCCACAUUAACCUCAAGUGAUUUCUAUUUUCUUACGAAGCGCGAAAGAAGUAAUUAGUGUGUUUAUAUCGAUGUAAAACAAAGAGAGAGAGAGAGAGAGAGAGCGAGAAAGCGAGCGAAAGAGAGAGAAAGAAAGAAAGAAAGAAAGAAAGAGAGAAAGAGAGAGAGAGAGAGAAAAGAGAGAAAAAAAAAGAAGAAGAAAAAUUAUUUCAAGAGCUUAAGUUCAGAGGAAAACAAAACAUUAAGAGCUAUAGUAUCUAAUUAGUGUACAAAGUAUAUCUGAAACAAAAUAAAGAAAGAAAAAAAAAAAAAUUAAAAAAGUCCGCCAGUGCCAAAUCGAAAGACAUAAGGGAAGAGUAAACGAGGAGAGAGGAAAAUUUAAAACACGAUUGUUGUACAUUUAAGGGCAGGUAAAAGAAAAAAGAAGAAAAAGAAGAAAAAAAAAGGGGGCGAGGAAAAAAGAAGAGAGAAGAAGCGUUAAAAACCGUAAACCAAAGAAUCUACCAUUUUUUUUUUUUUUCUACUAAUCACUCAGCUAACGAUAUUACUCACUAACCGAGCUGUUAAACCGAGCGGCGAUCUCUUCGCGAGCAGAUUUUAAUUAGGAAGGAAAAGAAAAACACGGAACGCGAGAGCAUAAAAAUCAUAAAAAAAAAAAAAAAUAAAAAAUAAAAAAAAAAUAAAUAAGUGAUAAAAACACGAAAAAAAAGAAAAAACAAACCGACCGAAAUUUUCUAAGCUUACGAUAAGAACAUUUAUUAUACGUGGAACAUAAACAAGCUGAAACUUGGGGAAAAAGGGUUUGACGUUCUUUUUUUGAUUUUAAACGAGGAGAGAUUAAAAAAGAGAUAGAAGAAUAGAAAAAGAGGAAAAAUAGAAGAAGAAGAAGAAGAGGAGCAAGAAGAAGAAGAAGAAGAAAAAAAAGCGCACUUGCGAGAGAGAGCGCGUAUGAGUAUCUAAUUAAGGAGAGAAGAGUCCCAUCCAAAGCCGAGAGACAGACGGAGAGAACCGCAGGCCGCCCUAUAUAUCCGGAAAAGGGGACUCGCAUAUAAUUACUCCCAGAGAAACCGAUCUACUUCAGUUCGUAGCCUAAACCUGUUGAGUACAAACGACAGAAAUAGAGUUAUAGAGAGAGGUAGAGAGAGAGAGCGAGAGAGAGCGAGAGAGCGAGAGCGAGAGAGAGAGAGAGAAAGGAAGAGCGAGCGCAAGAGAGCGAGAGAGAGCGAGCGAGCAAAAUAAAGAGAAGAGCUCUAAGAACAAGAGGCGAGAAGAAGAAGAAAAAAAGAAGAAAGAAGAAGAAGAAAGAAAUUCAAAAGUAAAAAAGCGAGUACACACAUUGAUAUACACACAGACACGCAAAACAGCACACGAACAUACACUGAAAGAUACUAGGAAAUAUCAGCGAGGAAACAAGGAACCUAGGAAAGGAAGAUCACGGAGGAGGCGGAGGGUGAGAGAGUUCGGCCCCCUCAGAUGUCACGCGCGAGGAUAAUAAUAAUCGGUCGCCGAUUGUAAUCCCGUUAAUCGGGUCACGAUCCGUGAAAAUACGAAGAUCGGCCAAGGAUCGGAAGAGAGGAAGGAGAAAGAAGAGAAAACGAGAUCUCGUGACGGAAGAUCCCUCGUCUUCGUUCGCAACGUUCCUCCUCGUCCUCCCUCCCUCCCUCCCCCCUCUUCCCGACAACGCACAGCCGAUAGAGGCGGAAUAAGAACGCGGCCUCCUGCCCGCCAGGGGGUUCACGUGGUCGGGACGAUGACGUGGCGGGGAAGAUGAGCGCCGAGGUAACGAAGGAGGUGGUCGCCACCGAGAGGGUGACGGGAAGCCCUCCGGCGGCGGUCGCGACCUCGCCGAGCGCGGUCGGCCCAGGUGAUCCGGCGGCGCGUCACCUGCCGCCGUUCAGCAGCUUCGCCGGGGACAACGCGAUGGACAGCUCGACGACAUUGACUACCCUUCACCCGCAGGACGUCGGGCUCGGGCUCACGUCCUCGUGGGACUACUACGAGGGGCUGACGGGCCGGUUGAUCGACUCGCGGGGCGAGGUGGUGCUCGCGAGCCAGUACAGGCCGUGGGAGUCGAAGAACGCGGUCGGGGGCGGGGGCGGCCCGGCGGCGGCGCCCGCCGAGGGCCUGCCGAGCUUCGCGAGCCAGUUCACGGCGCCCAGCGAGGCAGAGCCCCAAUUGACGGCGCUCACGCCGUUGUCGCCCGCCUCGAUAUCUCACUCGCCGCCCGUCACGUCGGCGGUCGGGUUGCCGAGCUUCCACACGCUCGGCACGCCGCUGCCCGCCCCCCAUCCUCACAGGGGGAGCGUCGGUUACCCGCUGGUCCCUGCCCCCGUCCAGGCCAGGGAGGUGCCCGCCCUUCAGCAGCAACUGCUCGACGAGAGGCACAUCCAGUUGCUCGGCUCGAGCCCGGUCCAGGCUUUCCCGCCCCCGCCCCCCGGCCAUCCCCAUCACACCGUGUUGACCGUGGUGAAGCCCGAUUACCCCCAGCUGCACCACGCCAACUUCCAGAACCCGAUGUCCACGGUGCUCGACUCGUCGCCCACGUCCAGGCCGGUCGGGAUCGACGGGAGGAAGAAGGAGCGGAGAAAAAUAAGGGCGGGCUCGAUGGAGUCCGAGGACAGCGCGGGGGCGGGCAACGUGGAGAGUUCCGGCCAGGUAGCCGCGGUCUCGUCGACCGCGAACAGGGGGCCCCAUCACCUGGGCGGUGGGAUGGCCGACGCCGAUGGGGACGGCGGGCUCAGCGACAAGCCGGCCAAGAAGAAGCGCAAGAGGUGCGGCGAGUGCAUCGGGUGCCAGAGGAAGGACAACUGCGGGGACUGCGCCCCGUGCCGGAACGACAAGAGCCAUCAGAUCUGCAAGAUGAGGCGGUGCGAGAAGCUCACCGAGAAGAAGCAUCUGUACCAUCUGCAAACGGGCGAGGGCGCGUUCAGAGAAAGGGGGAGAGGUCGAGGCAAAGGUGCAACCAGGAGUUAUCGAAAGAUCGCCCGACAAGUAAGUACGCCGGAUAGCGCGCCGGCAGGCUUAGGCAGCCCACAGACUGGAAUAGGAGGGCUGCAACAGCAUCAGCAACAAGCGCAACAGCAAUCGCAACAAACGCUUCAUCAGCCGGAUCCCAUGCAGCAAUCCAAGGACAAUCUGAAUCCGGCGGCGAACCAGCAAACCGGGGCACUUAGGAACGGAAAUCCUCCGCCUCCCGUCGUUUCUAUAUCACCCGGAGUGAUGCCAUUCUACGGUGAUUCUGGCGCCGGCUUCCGACCGGCAGCUGGCUUUGGGAAUACUGUUUGGCACCAGGGAGUUGCCCCCGUGGGGGCAGUUGCGGUUGAAACGUCAGCAGCUCCAUGGCCACCUCAGCAGUUCAUUCAACAAAUUCCGGCUCCGAAUCAGCUCGAAGAGCUGAGGUAUCAUACCCAAUAUUCCGCCGCCGCGCCAUACCAUCCGCAACCAGUCGCAUAUCAACAACAGACUUUCAUUACCACGGAUCAGUCGGCAUUUCAACGUGCCGGGGCGACGGGACAAUACACAAUCACGGGGCAACCCUCGCCCUUACCACCGGUCGCCCCGCAAACCGUACCAUCGACAACUCAGAGGCCACUAAACGGUCAAUUCAUGGAUCCUGCUGCUACUGCAACCCAAUCAGUUGGUUAUGAAAGGCAGGAUUACGUCAAUGGUUACCAACAACAGGACGUGACGAUGGCACCGCCGCCUUCAACCACUCCCACGAGUCGUAGCAGUUCCGUGCACAUGGACAACCAGCAGCAACAGCAGGCCUCCCAGCAACCGCAGUCGCAACCGCAACAACCGCCGACAGACACGCAGGUGAAGGGAUUCGCGACGAUCACGGCCAGCAACGUGUCGGGAAACGAGAUGCCUGGGUAUCCACUUCAACCGGGCCCACAGAGUUUACACAACUCUAACGGAUAUCCAGGCUACGUGGAAAUGGGUCAGCAACAAGUACAGAGCCAGUGGCAGCCGCAACAAGUGGCCCAGCAACAACACCAGCAACAACACUUGCAACGGCAGCAUUCGGUGCCUGACGGUGGCCAACGCCACUUGUGGUCCGACACCAGUACGAAGAUGAACAACAGCAUGAACUGGUCGGAUGGAACGUUGCAACAGCAGCAGCAACAGCAUCAGCAACAACAGAAACCCCCUUCGCAGCAGCAGCAACAGCAGCAGCAACAACAACAGAGUAUGCAGGCUAACAGCAUGAAGGGGCAAGAGUCGCAGCAAAGUAUGCAGAUGCAGGGACAGCAGGAGCUACCUCGGCCAGCCAGUCACAUGAGCUGGGAAAAUGGUAGCGUGAAAGAAACCCCGCAUACCCCGCAAUCGUGGACAGACAAUACGGACAAUAGUCAGCAGCAACAAACUCAGGGAAAUUGGUCGCGGCAGAGUCCAAAGCUGAGGGACGCGCAGAAUCCAAGAUUGACACCGUCUAGUCAACAACAACAGCACCAGCACCAAGGCUGGCUACAGCAUUCGCCCAAGUUGUCGGACCAUCAGCAGAAUCCGUCUCACCAGAACGCCCGGAUGACGCCCUCAGGCCAACACAAUUGGCAGCAAAGCAGCCCAGAGAUGCAGCAAAACUCGAGCCAACAGAAUCCAAGGCUGACACCGUCCGGCCAGCAAAUGUCGCAGCCCGGAGCGCAGUCCCAACAGCAGCAGCAGCAACAACAGCAGCAGCAACAACAACAGCAACAACAGCAACAGUGGUCGCAACAGACGAAGCUCGAGAAGAAUCCCAGACUUACCCCGUCUAAUCAGAUGUCCUGGCCUGAUACGCCAACUAGUCAACCGAAUUGGUCCCCGAAUAGUAUAAAGAGCGAUAGUAGUCAGCAACCCCAACAACAAUGGCCAGAUUCACAGCCUAGUCCGAGGAGAACGCCUGGCCAUCAACCGGGCUCGUGGCAACCUCAACCUCAACCGGCGCAAGAGAGCAAAAUGGAAAAUCAGAUAUCCUGGUCGCCGAACUCGGUGAUCGAGAAUCAACCUACCUGGGGCCAACAGACCACGAAACAGGAUAUGCAGAACUCCGGAGAAAGAGUGCUUUGGCAGCAACAGGCAGCGACGGACACCGGGAAACCGAACGGGUUCCCGGAUAAUCAAGAUGCUCAGGAGAGUAACGUAUUUGCUCAAUCGAAUCGCGUGAAUUUGAAUAGCCGACUGAAAUCCAUGAUCCUGAACAAGCAGCAGCAGCAACAACAGCAGCAGCAACAGCAGCAACAGUUGCAGCAUCAGCAUCAACAGCUUCAACAACAGCAGCAAUCGCAACAACAGCAGUCUCAACAUCAAAUAGGCCAUCAAGAACAACAACAGCAACACCACACCAUGCAUCAUCAAAUGCAGUCCCAGCACGUGAACAGCAAUAACGGGUCUAACGGCGAGUAUCACACGGAGGAACGGAUACGAGACACGCACGAUAACGCAGACAAAUUGCAAGAGAAACAAACGGAUCAGUAUUUGAGUCAGUCGAACAUGAUCUCAAUGGCCCAAUCCAACGAAUCUCUGACCGGUAAUUUUUUAUUGCAUAGCCACCACCCUCGGGUCGAUAGUUUGCCCGACGGUGGUGGCUUAUGGGAAUGGUCAGGGGGUGGUAACAACGCGUUGAGCAACGGUACCGUGUUACCGGACAACGGGAUGACGGUUAUAGAGAGUUUUAUGAAAUUUGGUUCAGAGGACAAAACUGUGCUGGAGAAACAUCAGCAACACGAGCAGCAGCAGCAGCAGCAACAACAACAAUCAUCACUCUAUCAUCAACAAUCGGAACACGAGCAUCGACAAUUAUGGAAGGAAGAAAAUAAGAGCCACGACAAUCAGUGCACCGAUGAUAAAUCAUUUCAGAGAAGAUUGUGCAUAGAUCAACAGAUUCACGAAAGAACGUUCGAACCGUGUAGUAACAGUGAGAAGAACGAGACGAAGAACGAUGUUACUUUUCCAGAAACGCCUCGAGUCGCAUUGAUGAACGAGAACGAUACCGUUAAUUAUCCAGAAAGUAGCGAAAAAGUGGCGUCUACCGAGUUGGAGAACAAUACGAAUUGCGACUCCUCUCAGAGUAUCAAGCAAGAGAACGUCGGGGAGUACGGGUGUUCCAGUUCUGACUGCGUCCCAUCCUCGACAGCUACGUCGAGGAGCGACGAUUGCGCUUCGAAGGCGAUCAAGAGCGAGCCGGAUCAAAAAUCGCAGGAAGGCAAUAAUUACAAGUUUCGAGGGGACGGAGGGCCGGCCAAAGUGUCGCCGGGUGUUGGUUCGUGGUGUUGUCGAAGAGGCGGUACCGAGCAACCGACCCCCGAACACUUGAGGGAGGGUUGUUGCCAAGGCUUGCAAACGAGGGACGAGAUAUUGGCCGACGGGACAGACAAGUCGGACGUAAAGAACGAAGGUCCACAGAGCCCGCGUAACGGUGGUGCUCCAUCGACGACAAAAUUGCAAGAUCAUUUGGAGAAACUGAAGAACAAUGUGAGGAGCGAAGUGCCGGACUGCAACUGCUUCCCAGCCGACAAAUGUCCGCCAGAGCCCGGUUCGUACUACACUCAUCUCGGGGCGGCUGCAAGCCUGCCUGAUCUACGGAACGAUCUUGAAAGAAGAACCGGCCUUAAGGGAAACGCCAUUAGAUUCGAAAAGGUCAUCUACACCGGAAAGGAGGGCAAAACUACCCAGGGAUGUCCGAUGGCUAAGUGGAUACUUCGACGAUCUGGUCUGGAAGAGAAGAUCCUGACCAUAGUGAAACACCGGCAAGGGCACAAGUGUCCAACAGCCUGGAUCGUCGUGGCCAUGGUCGCCUGGGAAGGUGUGCCCACGCACGAGGCCGAUCGGAUAUAUUCCUUAUUGAGUCACAAGCUGAAUCGAUUCGGUCUUCCCACGACCAGACGAUGUGGAACGAACGAGCCGAGAACCUGCGCUUGCCAGGGUCUCGAUCCCGAAACUUGCGGUGCAAGCUUUUCCUUUGGAUGUUCCUGGUCUAUGUAUUAUAAUGGUUGCAAAUACGCCAGAAGCAAAACCGUCCGAAAAUUUCGAUUGUCAGUGAGAUCAGAGGAGCAAGAAGUAGAAGAAAGAAUGCACGUCCUAGCAACACUUUUAUCACCCUUGUACCUCAGCCUUGCACCAGAAGCGUUCAACAAUCAAACACAAUUCGAGCGGGAAGCGAGCGAAUGUCGUUUAGGAUUUAAGCCCGGCCGGCCAUUUUCCGGUGUUACAGCGUGUAUAGAUUUUUGUGCGCAUUCUCAUCGCGAUCUUCACAACAUGAAUAACGGAUGCACCGUGGUAGUCACCAUGACAAAACAUCGAACCUUGUCGAAGCCUGAAGACGAACAAUUACACGUACUUCCUCUUUAUAUCAUGGAUACUACGGAUGAGUAUGGGUCAAAGGAGGGACAGGAUGAGAAGGUUCGCGCCGGAGCUGUAGAAGUUUUGACAAAAUAUCCCUGCGAAGUGAGAGUUCGAUCGGUUCCACUGCAACCCUGUCGAAGGCACGGUAAGAAGAGGAAGGAAGACGAACCGGACACUAUUAGCAGCAAGAAGGACAGUUCGAAGAAUGUUAAUGAAAAGAUAACAGAGUCAGGACGCCAAAUACCAGGACAUCAAGAGUUAAUCAGACCGCAAAUGAGGGACACCCAACUAUCCUUGGAGAUGGCGUCCAUGUUUGAAGGAAUGGACGCUCAGUUACAAAGCUCCCAAGUGUCCUCCACCGUUUUGGAUAGCCCGGUGUCCAUGUAUCCUCAAGGAUGGGGUUACCAAAACGAACAGCAAUGGAGUAGAAACGGUUGGCUCGAUCAGCGAAAGAAUAAUUGGUUGAAUCCGUGGAGAGAGUAUUCGUUUGGUGGUCUCGACAGGGAUGCGAAAGUUGAUCCGGACAGCACGAGCUUGGACGACAUCAGACCUAGAAGUACCGUUUCUCAAGACGAGCAUCGACCAGGAUCCCGAAAUUUACCCAAUUCCACGAUGGACUCGCCAAGAAAUUAUUAUUCGCACUCGCCAAGAGCUCAUCCAAUUUCACCAAGGAGCACUCAUACGGGAACACCAGGGGAUAUCGGUUACUCGAUGUCUCCUAGAGGAUGUCCACCUACGCUUCAGGAUCAGAAAAACGCCUCGCCAAGAAGUUCUGGGUAUCCAGACACGGGUUACAGUCAUCCACUUCCCACUUCCAGAAGUUAUCCGAACAUGUACAUGGACACCAGACAGAGUAGCGCAUCUCCAAAAACAAACUGUAUAAACUUUCCAGCUCAUUUAGAUCAAAGGAGCGCACUCAAUCGGACGAAUCAUCAUCAAUUGCACAAUAUAAAUAACGCACGAAACGUUGGAGGGAACUGCGAUCAAUCGAAAUUACCAUAUCCCAAACCUGGACAGAAUUCUAGUCAACAAAAGUACCCCACUACGCAGAACUACUUAGAGGUUCAGAAAUCACAAAUCGAGCAACCGUUCGUGAACAGAAUACAAGGCCACUAUCAUCCCCCUCACCACGUACAAUCGAGCAGAAAUCUUCCGUAUCAAGGGCCUCACGAGACAAAUAUGGACAUGUUUUCCGGCUUAUCGGUAUCCUCUUGUAUGAGCAAUACUAGUCAUAAGGAAUUCGGCACGACGAAUUCGGACUUGUUACUACACACCUCGUCGCAUCUUCCUUCAAGCAAUCCGCCAAACGGUACUCAAAAUUUAGGCUCGAUAGAUCAAAGAAAAUAUCGUAUGUAUAAGAGUCACGAGCAAAAGACACCUGGGAUAAAUCAGAUGUCACCAGCGCCUUCCGAUCAAGUUGGCGGUUGGAACAUGCUUGGUUCCUGGUAUCCCGAUCAGAACAAACCUUACGAUCAGCAACAAGUCUACAACGAUCAAGUCAAUUCCGAAAGGAAUCACCAACAAUCCAUAGAUCAUCAAAAAACGUUCAAUUGGAACGACAGAGUACCGCAUCCGGACCAAUCGAAACCACCUUGUUGGGAAACACCCUCUGAUCCCUCUCCGUUCAGAGUGCCAAAGGGUAGGCCACCAUCAAGGACAGCCGCAGGCCAGAAUCCAAACGCGGACAGUGCAUAUCAAAAUUCUUCCAAUAGAACGUUUCUCAAGCCCCAGGAGCCGAUACGAAACGGCAUCUACGCGGACAGUCCGAGCAACAAUGCAAUACAAAAUAACGGGACGAUGCAUCAGAAUAACCAGAUACGAAGAUCAGAGUGGACGGAGGACAAGACAAGAGAGAAUUUCCACGACCCUAGGCAGAACAUGGCGAAUCCAAACUCGAAUUGCUUCCCAUGGGCCGAGGAGAUGAAGCAGGUUCAAGACUUCCACGGAAUGCCAGGCUUGGGACAUCCUCACGCUUCCUUUCCCCAAUACGGACUGUAUCCAACGUAUCCUGUCUUCGACAAACCUUAUUCCAAUUCUUGGGACGGGUACAAUUACCACCAACCUUAUCCCCAUCCCCAAACAUCAGAAUAUCCACCUCAAUUGUAUCAACAGCCAAAGAGAGAAACCUGCUUCCCUUCGCCCCAAUAUCCCUAUCAAGGGGUGCCUCCGUAUCAAAGUCUGAAUCCUGGCUGGGCAAGGUGGGACACUCCUCGAUGGGAUAUUUACGGACCGCCAUCUUAUUUCCCGGUGUUACCAGAACCCCCGCCUAAGGCGGAACCACUCGGAGAGGUGGCCGAUUAUUCCGACAACGAAGAGUGCUUCAAGGAUUCGCAGAUGGGUGGAGUUGCCAUCGCGUUGAGCCAUGGUAGCGUGUUGUUCGAGUGCGCGAAACACGAAAUGCACGCCACCACAGCUCUCAAAAAGCCUAAUCGUCUCAAUCCAACCAGGAUCAGUCUGGUCUUCUAUCAACAUCGUAAUCUGAACCGGGCGAGACACGGUUGGGACGAAUGGGAAGAGAAAAUGCGACUCCGCAAGUUGGGCGUCACGACCACCAACACAACAACCACCACGAAUUCGUCGACUAACUCGCAACCACUGUCCACCCCAUCGACUCCAACGAGUCCAGCGAGCGCGACGAUCAGCGAGAAAUCCACUCCGCUCCCGUACAUACCUAGCGUUCCUAGCUCUCAGUUCAUGAUGAGAUCGCCCACUUACACUACGAUGACCUGGACCACUCUCUUCCCCAUGCAUCCGUGCAUGAUCACUGGCCCAUAUCAGGAGGGAGGUGCCAUUGGAUGAGUGAUCGUCAACAGGUGCGGUUCCAGCCAUCGAUGACCAAGAACCGUGCCGAGAAUCGAUCGAGCAAUCUCGUCGGGCUGAUCGAGUGAAACAAUGGAUUCAGAGAUGGCGCGCGCAUCGCUUAGCCCAGCGGCAGCCGUUUGGCGUUACGUGUCGUGCAACGUCAACGUGAUGAAGCUGAAUCGAAUCACGGGAACAAGGGAAAAAAAACAUACGAGCAACAGGUAGUUAACAUUUCAUAAAGGGAUCAAAUAAUAAAGGAAAAUGACAAAUCCGUUAUUAUUACGAGGAAAUUUCUAUCGUAAUUAUUAUAUCGUCAUUGUCCUAAAUGUGUUAUACUUGUUACUGAAAAGGAAAAAAAAAGAAAAAAAACACGAAGAAAAAGAAUAAGAAGAAAACAACACGUUUGCACUGCCAUUUUUCUAUUUCACGUUUUUUCGGAGAAUAUAAUAAACGUAAUAGACGGGAGGGAAGGGGGCAAGGAGGAGCAAGGGAAAGGAUAACAUGAUAAACAUAAUGAAAAGUUCGCAACGCAGACGUUUCGUCACAGGAUUCAAUUCUAAUCGGGGCUUCCCUUUUUAUAUCGAUCUUUUACGCGAAUCAUGAUAGAACGUUGUGAGCGAACAAUGAGAAAAAGAGAGCGUAAGAUCGGCAGAUAUAUAUGGCGCUGUAUUAGUAUCCGACACGCUGUUCAAGGUUAAAGAUGAAAAAUGAAUUACGAGAGGCGACCGAAAGAGACGUGUCAUGCGCUUAGAGAAACACUGAUCGCAAUCGAGGCUGAUUUUCAUGAUAAUUGGAUUAAGGAUACAGCACACGUAAAACCGAUAGAUCGAUCGUAUUCGUUUGAUAGCCGAGAAACAAAACAAACUUUGAUAUACGUUAUACGAUUUAGGAUGGAAUGAAUGGAGAGUAAAAGUAUGAAAAAGAAAAAAAAGACAAAAGGAGAAAAAAACGAUAUAACGAAAGAUUAAGAAAGAAUGAAAUGAAACGUAUCCAAUUGUACACUUUUUUUUUCUUUUUUUUUUUUUUAAUUAUCUCGUAUUUUAGUAGACAAUUGUAAUCAUAUUUAACUAGUCCAUACCUAGGCAUGAUAAAUGAUUUUUUUUAACACAUGGCAUACGCGAAAUGGCAAACAUGUAUGGUAACAAUACAUGUGCGUGCCUAUUACGAUCCUUUUCUUUUUUUUUUUAUACAAAACUAGAUCACUUUCGCAUCGAAGAAUCGAUCUGUCGUUUAUUUUUCUGCACGUUCUCCUUUUGUACCACACGUCGUAUUCCGUUGUUGUUGUUGUUGUUGUUGUAUCAUCAUCGUCAUAUAUAUAUAUAUGUAUAUGUAUAUGUAUAUAUAUAUAUAUAUAUAUAUAUAUAUAUAUAUAUAUAUAUAUAUAUAUACACACACAUGCUCAUACUGGACACAUACACCACGCUGGAACAAAAAUCGAUUAAUCGGCGCCAUCGUAGGAUUUUAUUCUAAUCAUCCAACCUAUCCAAAACAUCGAACGAUGAUAUAGAUAUACAUAUAGUUUCAAAUCGAUCCUUUGUAAAAUCAUCUGCACAAUAUCAUGCUCCAAAUAGGAAGGAUGGAGCUCGCACUUAGACACAUUACACAUAUACACCAGUAUAAUAACAUAUACAGACAUGAAAAAUGAUCUCAAGUUUUUAAGCUAAUUAAUUAAACGAUAAAUAUCAAUGUUUAAAAUCCUUUUCUUUUAUCUUCUCUCUCUCUCUCUCUCUCUCUCUCUCUCUCUCUCUCUCUCUCUCUCUCUCUCUCUCUCUCUCUCUUGCACUUAUUUUUUCCCUGUUUCUCUCAUAAUAGAUACACUAUUAUCUAUAGUUUUUUUUUUUUUUCGUUCUCUUCGCCUAUCUGUACAUUGUGCUUGUUAAUCAUCGUAUUUAUUUCGUAAUUCACUUGCACGUGCUUGCAUCCAUAGCUUUAUCCUUUUAAUCGUAUCAUCACGUUAAAAAGAUUCGAGUAAACAACGAUCCAACGGAGAGGCAUAUACACAGACACACAUACACACAUAUACACAUACACACACAUAUAUAUGGAUAUGGAUUGCUAUAUAAUAUUAUUUAAUAUCAAUUCUCGGAUCGGAUAUCAGUACAAACAUACACAAAUAUAUACAUCAUAUACAUGAGAGCUCGUGAAAUAAUUUUUUUUAAUUAGAAUAUCGAACUGUCAACGGGAAGGAAACGCGUCAAUCGUCGUGGUGCCGUCUUCUUCGGUUAGCUACGUUCUUCCAACUGUUUCUCUUUUUUUUAUUAUUAUUAUUAUUAUUAUUAUUAUUAUUAUUAUUAAUAUUCAUUUUUCUAAGGCCUUUAGAGUCUAUGAUCGCGAUUUUCAAUCCAUCAUCAUCAAAUAUCAUCUUGGAUCCCAAUAUAUAGGAUCUUAAUAUACGAGCCUCUCGAGGGAUGAUCUUCUCGGGCGAGAAAAAGACACGCUCAAAGUGAUUCGAGAAAAAGUUUCGCGGUAGUUCGCAAUAGCCGAUAAGGUUCGAUAUAUUUGUAAUAAGUGCCAGUGUUCGAGGGCGAGUCAGAGAGCCAAAAAAAAAAAAAAAAAAAAAAAAAA